GAGGAGCUUUAGUUUCGCUUUAGAGACUUAAAUACUGCAGUUUGGUUUCUGGCUACUUGACCGAGCUUUAGAAACAUCAUCAUCAUCAUGACUGCGAACUUUCUGGGCGUCGUUGUGCUGGUGUCUCUGUGUGUGCAUUUGGCGCCAGGUGAGGUCGUCAAAAAAGAAGCGACGCACGUAAAGUCAGUGACUGGAGCCGACACGUCACUGCAGUGCACCGUAGAACACAAGCCCGGGGUCCGAUACAGAGCCGUGAGGUGGUACAAGGUCCAAGCGGCUCCGGCGCCUCGUCUCAACGGCCUUCUGACCAGAGACCUGAGCAACUGCACCACCAGGAGGUACCGUGGCGUAGAGCGCGAGGUACAGCUGAAGGGAGAAUCGCUCAGCCUCUUCCUUCCCAACAUUACGUGCAACGACGGCGGCAUGUACGAAUGUCACCUGGUGGCACAUGUGGGAGAGCAGAAUAGGGAGGGACGGGUUCUGCUUACUGUUACAGACUGUCCUGAAAAAGUUGCUCAGCAGCCGGUGACAGAUACCUACCUGGUGGUUCUGGCUUCAGCUGUGCUGAUGCUGGCGCUGCUGAUCUUCCUCAUAAGCUAUGGCAGCCUGAAGAACAUCCUCAAAGACAAAAGAGGGGCGAUGAAGACACAGGUUGUGCUGGACGCGCCUCUUCAGUCUCUUCACAAAAAGGACCUGAUGUCUAUCUACACUCUGGGUCCAAAAACAUCCACCGUGAAGCAUGUGUGCGUUUGAAGCCAGAGCAGAAGAACGAGUAAUAAGAAAGGCAGAGCCUGGUCCAAUCACAACGAAAGACCUGGACUCGAAAUCCAUUUAAAUCACAUUCAGCCUUUAUUAAAUGAUGUUCAACUGGGGACAAGCUCAAACAUGGAAUAAGAGUCAGGAUUGUCAGAUGCCACUGGAUCAGGACCCGGUGCCCUGUGCCUCAGAGGGCAGAGCGAGCUGUGACCACUCAGAACAGUCAGAAUUGGACCGUGGUCAGUGGGAUGCAGCUACACUGCCUCUGUGUGCAGGGGUGAAUGGACACAGAUGGACGGGGCCCCUUUUGUUUAACUCUUUUGCUACAGUGUCUUAAACUAAUGAGCUGCUGUUUUAGAGGCUUUACUGUACUUGUUAUGUUUUAUACGUUUAUAUGAUAUUUAUAAUAUACAUUAUAUGGUAAUUGGUCCAUGCUUUAAACACUCAUUCCAGGAUCCAAAGCACUAGUUUUUUCAUUCACCCAUCCACUCUCACAUUCACACUCCAAUGCCAGCAGCUGCCAUGCACCGCCGCUCGCUUGAAGCACCAGGAACAACUUGGGAUUCAGUGUCUUGCCCAAGGAUACCAUGGCAGGGGCAACCUUGCAGCUACCAACUGCACUAUUGCUGUCCCUUUAACAUACAUAUAUGUAUUUUAAAGCUCUUCAGUUCACUGAAGAGAUUCCAGCUUCACUGGGUUUGUUGAGUCUGGUUCUGAAUGUAUGUAGAAAUCAGUGUAAAUGUUUGUUUUGUGACAUUUCGGUCUCAGCUAAAUUCAGGUUGGUUCUGUCUUUAUUGAUUCUUGUAUAAUGUGCUGCAUCAAAGCUGAUCACAGCUGCACAAUGAAGCGAGUGUGUGAUACACAAGGGAAGUGAACCUUUUAAAAGCAGAAGCGUCAUGUGAGAGCUGACAAAUAAGUGACACGAGGGAAACUCCCAAAACAAAUCUCCCCUCGGUGAUAAAGCAUGGAUGACGUUAGUGUUGUGUUGCUGCAGUACAAGUUGGAAAAUAUAAAAAUGGAAACAGUAUCUACCAUUUUCAUGUUUGAUUUUUAGCUGUGCAGUUUCUUGAAGGUUGUUUGACUGUUUCUUACUUAACAAGACAUUUUUUUAACUUUGCGGUGAAGCUUUAUUCUAGAAUCUGGAGGUGUAGCUCACACCUCACUGUAGCUGUAACUGUGUCGCCCACAUGUUUUAAUUUCGUUGGCUGUGUUUUACAUCAACCUGCACAUCAGCAUCAAAACUCACAAGACCGGUUGCGGUUCAGUUAGGGGAGGAAGUGAAAAAAAUGGCUUAUUUUUUGGUCUUUCUUUUCUAUAAACAUGGUUAAAGGUCACAGCUACAUGACACAUGUUUCGGAUCCAUGUGAAUAAAACCUUUCUUUUGGUU